GAUCAUUCAAUGAUUUUUUGUCUUAAAUCAUAAGCAAAAAUUUCCAACGUUUAUAAUUCCACUGAUAUAUAAAGUUUUAAAGUUUCAACGAAAAAAAAUGUCCGAUUCAAAUUCCAAUAUGAAAACUAGAUUCGUUGCAUCAUUCAUGCAAUUCCUUUCAGAGGAAUUGAACAAUGAUGAAUUAUCGGCCGAUUCGAAAGAAAGCAUUGAAGUUGCCAUUCAAUGUUUGGAGACGGCUUAUAGUAUUAAUCCUGUUGAUGGAACAUUGCAUUCAAAAAAACCAAUCAUGGAAAUAUUUUCCGAUUAUAUGAAAUGUGAAAAACAGGAUUCACAAAAGAUUGUAUCUGAAGAAGAUAAAACAAAGGCAAAUGAAUUGAAGAAUGAAGGUAAUGAAUUAAUGAAAAGUGGUAAAUAUCAAGAAGCAUUGGAAUCUUAUACCAAAGCAAUCGACUUGGAUGAUUCGAAUCCAAUCUAUUAUUGUAAUCGUGCUGCGGCUCAAAGUAAAUUGGAUAACCAUACGGCUGCAUUAGAAGAUUGUAAAGUGGCCAUUCGAAGAGAUCCAAAUUAUAGUAAAGCUUAUUGUCGAAUGGGUUUGGCAUAUGUCAAUCUAAAGGAUCAUCAACGUGCUAGAGAUUGUUACAAAAAAGCUGUUGAAUUAGAUCCAAGCGAAAGUAACAAGAACAAUCUUCGUUUGGCUGAGGAAAAACUUCAAGAAGAACAGACUCAAUUCUCUAAUAUGGGGUUCGGUAAUCUGUUCAACAAUCCACAAUUGAUGAACUUUGCCUCUCAAAUCAUGUCCAAUCCAAAUAUGCAGAAUAUGUUUUCACAAAUGUUGGGUUCAAUGGGUCAACAGCCACAGGAUAAUCCUGAACAGCCAGCCAAUAUUGGUGAUCAAUCUGGUGGUGGAACGGCUUCAUCUAAUCCAAUGGAAGCGUUUUUGCAAGUUGGUCAGCAAUUUGCCGAUCAAAUUCGUCAAGCUAAUCCUGAAUUGAUGGAACAACUUCGAAGCGCGAUGGGUGACUCUAAAAAAGAAGACGAUGGUGCUAAUCCCGAUAAACAGAAUGAAAAUUAAAAUCGCUAUAAUAAUAUUUGAUUGAGUAAAUGUCAAUUUUUUAUUCAUUAAAGUAUAAAAUUUAUUCAUUUUUUCCAAAACAAUUAACAAAUGAUGCCUAUUGGUCAAAUGAUA